UUGCUGCAGCCGCGUCAUCGGCCGCUCUCCAGAUACUACUGGAGUGAAGGCGCAUUUACAGGGAUAACGAGCGCGCUCUCGGCCACCGGGAGCUUAAAGACAAUCUGCCGCCGCUGCAGAGACGCGUCGCUCAGUGCCGGACGGACACACGGGGCCCGGAGGACGGGACCUGGGACUGUGUGUGAGGAGUGAAUGGCCACGUUAUCUCCCGAGGGGAGACGCUGCCUGUAAGACUACCUGAGCGACAAAUACGUCCUGCAAAAAAAAAAAAAGAAAAUAGGACGUUCACCCGGGAGUAAAUUAGACGCAUCGGAAGUUUCUCUGAACGACUUUCUUUUUUUGUUUUUCGGGAUUUUUAGAUUUGCACGCUGCAGACAUGGACGAUGACAACCAAGUGCCAGAGGAUCUGUCUUUGGAAGAGAGAGAUGAGCUUUCGAACAUACGACGCAGGAAAAAAGAGCUUCUCGAUGACAUCGAACGGUUGAAAUUUGAGAUCGCUGAAGUGAUGAACGAGAUUGAACAGCUGACUUGCGUCGGGGAGAGCAAAACCUCACAAAGAAACAAACAGAUCGCCAUGGGAAGGAAAAAAUUCAACAUGGAUCCCAAAAAGGGAAUCCAGUUUCUUUUGGAGAAUGAUCUUCUGCAGAACACCCCAGAGGACAUCUCACAGUUCCUCUACAAAGGCGAAGGGCUCAACAAAACAGUCAUUGGGGACUACUUAGGAGAACGGGAUGACUUUAACAUCAAGGUUCUUCAGGCAUUUGUGGAGCUUCAUGAAUUUGCAGACCUCAACCUUGUUCAAGCCUUAAGGCAGUUUCUGUGGAGCUUCAGACUUCCUGGUGAAGCCCAAAAGAUUGAUCGCAUGAUGGAGGCGUUUGCCUCCAGGUACUGCCAGUGCAAUCCCGGCGUCUUUCAGUCCACAGAUACUUGCUACGUCCUCUCAUUCGCCAUUAUUAUGCUGAACACCAGCCUUCACAAUCCUAACGUCAGAGACAAGCCCCCAGUGGAGCGCUUCAUCUCCAUGAACAGAGGCAUCAACGAGGGAGGGGAUCUCCCAGAGGAGCUACUCAGGAAUCUCUACGACAGCAUCAAGAGCGAACCCUUUAAGAUCCCGGAGGACGAUGGGAAUGACCUGACGCACACGUUCUUCAACCCAGACAGAGAAGGAUGGCUGCUUAAAUUAGGGGGCCGAGUGAAAACCUGGAAGAGAAGGUGGUUCAUCCUGACGGACAACUGCCUCUACUACUUCGAAUACACAACGGACAAAGAGCCUCGUGGGAUCAUCCCACUGGAGAACCUCAGCAUCAGGGAAGUGGAGGAGCCCAGGAAACCCAACUGUUUUGAGUUAUACAAUCCUAAUCACAAGGGCCAGGUGAUCAAAGCCUGCAAGACUGAGGCAGACGGACGCGUUGUUGAGGGCAACCAUGUGGUCUACAGGAUAUCGGCGCCUACGCCCGAGGAGAAGGAGGAGUGGAUAAAAUCAAUCAAGGCGAGCAUUAGCAGAGACCCCUUCUACGACAUGCUGGCCACCAGGAAGAGACGCAUCGCCAACAAGAAGUGAAGAGAGACAAUCCAGUCAAACCCCAAAGUGCUCCAUCUUCCUCUCCAUUGGUCCAUGAAGACAUAAACGGCGUGCCGUGAGGCUGCUUCAUCUCAGACACCUAAAGACAGACCAUGACCCUCUACGAGUAGAUAAAACGCUACUCGAAAGUGGAAAACCGUUGAACCAGCCUGUUUGUGUCCCCUUCGCGUCAUCCAACCCCACUUCAUGUCUCCCUGCUCAAAUCAAGCCAUGUUUUUGUCCCCCCUUCCCAAAAAAAAGCCUAACUGCCAUGUUUCAGGUGCACAUGCAUGCGUGUGUGUUAUUAUAGAGAACUACGUUUGUGUUUUGUAUGUGUGUGCAGCAGUGUGCAUGUUAAGUUUGUUUUUGCAUACAGCGUGCAAGUAUUUCAUCCACUGUGCUUUAUAAAAAAAAAAAAAAAAAAGGUUGUUGAAACAAAACAAAACAAAACCCCCAGUGUUCAGGUGGAUGGCCAUUCAACGCUGGGGUUCAGGAUAAACGGGGAGAGGAGACAGAUGGACGUUUAUUAAGGUGACGACGGGUCGGUUCAGCGUAACCACAUCUGGACCGAGGCGUCACCUCAUUCUGGUGCUGAACUCUUAUUUCUCCAUGUGCCCUGCUCAGAGUAACCCUGAGGAAAGAACGAGGUGUCGCAGUCUAGAUUCGGCUGGGUUGAUGUCAUUCUUCUCUUCGGAAGCAGAGACUUGAAACGUGCAUACUUUAUGUUUUAAUUGAGCCGUAAUGGUGUUUUUAUAGGGGAAUUUAACCUUUACAGACCUGAACUUGUAAUCCUUAUUCGCUCAUCAUCACACCAGCCUUUUGUUUUAACGGCAAUGGAAAACAUGAUGCUCUUCACUCCCGUGUUGCCUUCCUACACAUUCCCGCUGUAGCAGGUAUAAUGUGAUCACAACAAAACGCCAGGCUGCCACGGAUAUUCUGGACGUGCUGUAAAUUGCCUUCGCCGAAUCAACACGACUGCAGCAAUGUCCCAAUAUUAGCUACGUUACGUCGACUUUUUAGCUCUGCCGUUUGCAAACGGCGGCCAACCCUUUGGGACGGUGGCCAGCCUAGUUAGUGACGGUCAGAGAUUAAAAGCUCCGAAGGAUAAAAGGACACAACUUUACCUUCCUGUUAUCUGCUCAAAGUCUCACUCUCUCUCUCUCUCUUACGGGGCUCAAUAAACCACAGACAUCUCUGAGCAUGUCAAAGAUAAUUAAAUUACGUUUCCAUUUAAAAGUCUUCUGGCAUCGCUGCAUCCUCUCCAUUACUAAAAAUAGCCAGCUUUGUGUCUUCUCCACUCAGUCACAACUUCUACAUCGAACGGUCCAGCAUGACCUGUAAGCACUUAGAUUACAACUCAUUUAAAAAUGGGGGAAAAAUUAUCAGAUCCUCCAAUUUUGAUUAACAAAACCACAAUUUCUCAAUGGAUCUUUGGCAUCCCAGAUGUUUUUAAAAAGCUAUGGUUUCAAAACUGUUUGAACGGUAUAACAGGAGGUUUUAUAGGGUCUACAAGCUUUUUAAAGAGAUGCUAGAAAAAAGGGCUAGAAUAAUCUGUGUUAUUUUUUUUCUUUGGCUGUAUAGAGCAGAAAGUAUCACAGAGUUGCCCCUCAGAAACAUCUGUUUCACUUUGAUCGGUACCUCAUAGGAAGACAGUCCCUAAAAGCUGCAUCAAACUUAUCUUGUGCUUUGAAGGCAAAUUAUACGGAACAAUACCUGGCAUCUGCUGGCGUUAAGCAGUAAGACUGUAAAAUAUAUCAAAAGAUCUGAUUUUUUAUUUUUUUGGAUGGAAGGGGGGGAUUUUUAAGGAUUACGACUUCAGAAGCACUUUCAUUUCAGAACACCAUUUCAGUCUAAUAGAAGGAUUUGUUUUACUUGCUCUGCAGCAGCCCGGGUGGUACCAGUCCAAUUAAGCUUUUACCAGUUCUAUUUUAUUUCUCUACUGCAUUCGUUAGUGAAGGUUGAUGUAUUAUUGUGAUCCUGUUUGCAUUUGAUCCCUGCUUGCUUUUCUACUUAAUAACCAGCCGUCAGGUUUUUUCUUUUUCUUUUUCGUAUUUAUUUUCAGUUGUGAAAUAGUUUAUUAUUACUCCCUGUAAAUCUUAAAUAAUGUAUGCUUAAGUUAUGUAUGUGUAUAUAUACUGUAUAGGUUUCAGUGUCUUCGUUGUAGUAUGCACACUCUGUGUAACAUGUUUGCAUCUUGCUAAAGUUUGGGGUCUUCUUCGCAAAAGCCUUAAACAAUCAUCUGAUUUUGAAG